AUGAGGUUUUCACUCCAUAUUUUCCGCUCUAUGAAAAAUUCUGUGUACAUUAUGCAAAUGCUGGAUAAGUAUGCAAGCUUCAACCCAUCACCACUGUCGCUGAAAAAAUUAGCCGAAUUUGGACGGUCAGGUUCAAAUGAACAAAACAAAGAGUCGUUCAGGUUCCUACAGAAGGAGCUGCCUGUCAGGUUGGCCAACAUUAUGAAGGAGAUCAGUCUUCUGCCAGAGAACCUGCUUAGGAUGACCAGUGUCAAACUUGUCAUGAGUUGGUACCAACAGAGCUUUCAGGAGCUGAUGGAGUAUGAGAGCAAGAACCCACCGGACCAGAAAGUGUUGGACAACUUCACACUAACUCUUGUUCACAUCAGGAACAGACAUGGCAAUGUCGUGGAGACUAUGGCAGAGGGUGUUAUGGAGUUGAGAAACAGAUAUGGCAUUGACUCCAACACGGAGAACAGAAUCCAGUAUUUCUUGGAUCGGUUUUACAUGUCUCGAAUUAGUAUCCGCAUGCUGAUUAAUCAACACACUCUUCUGUUUGGAAAGAAAGAAAAGCACAACAACCCUCGCCAUAUAGGUUGUAUAGAUCCGAGCUGCAAUGUGUCUAGUGUCGUGCAAGAUGCAUAUGACAGUGCCAGAUUUUUGUGUGAACAGUACUAUUUGGCAGCACCAGAGUUGACUAUAAUCUCAAAGAACUUAUUGGAGAAUGAGAGCGAUCCAAUACAGAUAGUCUACGUUCCAUCACAUCUGUACCAUAUGUUGUUUGAGCUGUUUAAGAAUGCCAUGCGGGCAGCCACAGAGCACCACAUCGAGGAGGACCAGAUCCCACCUCUGAAUGUCAUGAUUGUCAAGGGCCAAGAGGAUUUGUCCAUCAAGAUCUCCGAUCAGGGUGGAGGAAUCCCUCGGUCCAAACAGGAUCUGUUGUUUCAGUAUCUGUACAGCACGGCACCCCAGCCCGCCAGAUCUGAAAGCGCCAGUGCUCCGCUGGCUGGGUACGGUUAUGGGCUUCCUCUUUCCCGUCUGUACGCACGAUACUUCCAAGGGGACAUUGUGUUGAGCUCGUUUGAAGGAUACGGGACGGAUGCUAUUAUCUAUUUGAAGGUGAUGUCCAGCGAGGCAAAUGAGGUACUUCCUGUGUACAAUAAGACUGCUUCGAGGGUUUAUAACAGAGACAUUCCUGUCAAUGAUUGGUCGUCUCCAUGGAUUACCAACCAGAGGUCAUUCAGUACCUUCUCGGCUUUUCGCAGUUAA